GGCCGGCCGGGCCGCCGCGCCCUGACCCCCAUGGCCGCCCGGGCCUGCGGGCCGCGAAGUCGCAGCGCCAGACCCAGGGCCCCCGAGUGAGCGCGGGCGCCGAGGAUCUCAUCUGGCCGCCGCGUUCUGGAAGAGGCAAGGGGGAGAGCGCGCGCAAGAGGAGGAGGAGAGAGACGGCGCGGGGAAAGGGAGACGGCGAGACGCGCAGCGCCGGCGCCCGGGAGAUCCAGGAGGAGCCCGCAGAUAACCAGCCCGAGUCAUGCAGUCUUUUCGAGAAAGGUGUGGUUUCCAUGGCAAACAACAGAACUACCAGCAGACCUCACAGGAGACAUCGCGCCUGGAGAAUUACAGGCAGCCGAACCAGGCCGGGCUGAGCUGCGACCGGCAGCGGCUGCUGGCCAAGGACUACUACAGCCCGCAGCCCUACCCGGCCUACGAGGGAGGCGCCAGCACGGCCGCCGGCCCGGCGCGGGGCGGCAAGGGCCUGGCCUCGCAGCAGUCCCUGCAGGGCAGGCCGGCCUUCUCAGGCUACAGCGUGCAGGACAGCAGCGCGUACCCCGGCCGCUACUCGGGCGAGGAGAGCCUGCAGGCCUGGGGGGCCCCCCAGCCGCCACCGCCGCAGCCGCAGCCCCUGCCGGGGGGCGUGGGCAAAUAUGACGACAGCUUGAUGAAAAAGGCGGCGGUACCCCCUGGCAGGCAGUACCCGGAGCAGGGCGCCCAGCUGCCCUUCCGGACUCACUCGCUGCACGUCCAGCAGCAGCUGCCGCAGCCCCAGCAGCCCCUGGCGUACCCCAAGCUGCAAAGGCAGAAGCUGCAGAACGACAUGGCCUCGCCGCUGCCCUUCCCGCAGGGCAGCCACUUCCCCCAGCACUCCCAGUCUUUCCCCGCUUCCUCCAGCUACUCCUCCAGCGCCCAGGGCGCCCAGGGCGGCAACGGCGGUGGCCAGGGCGCCCACUCCUAUAAGAGUUGCACCGCGCCGUCCGCCCAGCCCCACGACCGGCCGCUAACGGCCAGCGCCACCCUGGCGCCGGGCCCGCGGGUCCAGAACCUUCACGCCUACCAGUCCGGCCGCCUCGGCUACGACCAGCAGAAGCAGCAGCAGGCGGCGCUUCAGAGCCGGCACCACGCGCAGGAGACCCUCCAUUACCAAAACCUCGCCAAGUACCAGCACUACGGGCAGCAGGGCCCGGGCUACUGCCAGCCGGACGCGGCCGUCAGGACUCCGGAGCAGUACUACCAGACCUUCAGCCCCAGCUCCGGCCACUCGCCCGCGCGCUCCGUGGGCCGCUCGCCCUCCUACAGCUCCACCCCGUCGCCGCUGAUGCCCAACCUAGAGAACUUCCCCUACAACCAGCAGCCACUCGGCGCCGGCGCCUUCCCCGCAGGCAUCACGGACCACAGCCACUUCAUGCCCCUGCUCAACCCCUCCCCGACCGAUGCCGCCGGCUCGGUGGACAGCCAGGCGGGCAAUGGCAAGCCGCCGCCGAAGGACAAGCUGCCUGAGAACCUGCUGUCGGACCUCAGCCUGCAGAGCCUCACAGCCCUGACGUCCCAGGUGGAGAACAUCUCCAACACAGUGCAGCAGCUGCUACUGUCCAAGGCCGCCGUGCCGCAGAAGAAGGGCACCAAGAACCUGGCGUCCAGGACGCCAGAGCAGCACCGGAGUCAGCACUGCAGCCCCGAGGGCAGCGGCUACUCGGCCGAGGCGGCCGGCACGCCGCUGUCCGAGCCGCCGAGCAGCACGCCGCAGUCCACGCACGCCGAGCCGCCGGACGCCGACUACCUGAGCGGCUCCGAGGACCCGCUGGAGCGCAGCUUCCUCUACUGCAGCCAGGCUCGCGGCAGCCCCGCCAGGGUGCACGGCAACUCCAAGGCCAAGCCCGAGUCGGUGUCCACCUGCUCGGUGACCUCGCCCGACGACAUGUCCACCAAGUCCGACGACUCCUUCCAGAGCCUGCACGGCAGCCUGCCACUCGACAGCUUCUCCAAGUUUGUGGCAGCCGAGCGGGACUGCCCGCGGCUCCUGCUCAGCGCCCUGGCGCAGGAGGACCUGGCCUCCGAGAUCCUCGGGUUGCAGGAGGCCAUCGGCGAGAAGGCCGAGAAGGCCUGGGCCGAGGCGCCUGGCCCGGCCAAGGACGCCAGCAAGCCUCCCUUCUCACUGGAGAACCACAGCGCCUGCCUGGACGCCGUGGCCAAGAACGCAUGGCCGCGGCCGGGGGAGCCGGAGGCCCUGCCCGAGGCCCUGCAGCUCGACAAGGGUGGCGGUGCCAAGGACUUCAGCCCGGGGCUCUUCGAAGACCCUUCCGUGGGCUUUGCCACCCCGGACCCCAAGAAGACGGCCGGUCCCCUCGCCUUUAGCCCCAAGACCACGCUCGGGGCCGCCACGCCGGACCCUGCCGCAGCAGCCUUUGACUGCUUCCCGGACACGACCAGCGCCAGCUCGGCGGAUGGCGGCAACCCCUUCGCCUGGCCCGAGGAAAACCUGGGCGAUGCUUGUCCCCGCUGGGGCCUGCACCCCGGCGAGCUCACCAAGGGCCUGGAGCAGGGCGGGAAGGCCUCCGACGGCGUGGGCAAGGAGAAUGCCCACGAGGUUUCGGGCUGCCCGGGCUUCCAGGAGGGGGAGCCGCCCGGGGACAAGGCCGCCGGGCCUCGGGACUCGGCGCAGGAGGCGGCGGGCGGGGUGAAGGAGGAGGUGGGCGGGCUGCUGCAGUGCCCCGAGGUGGGCAAGGCCGACCGCUGGCUGGAGGACAGCCGGCACUGCUGCUCCGCCGCGGACUUCGGGGACCUGCCCCUGCUGCCACCGCCCGGCAGGAAAGAGGACCUGGAGGCAGAGGAGGAGUACUCCUCCCUGUGUGAGCUCCUGGGCAGCCCCGAGCAGAGGCCCGGCCUGCCGGACCCGCUGUCGCCGAAGGCCCCCCUGCUGUGCACCAAGGAGGAGGUGGAAGAGGUGCUGGACACCAAGACCGGCUGGGGCUCCCCGUGCCACCUGUCCGGCGAUUCCGUCAUCUUGCUGGGCCCCACUGUGGGCGCCGAGUCAAAGGUCCAGAGCUGGUUUGAGUCCUCCCUGUCCCACAUGAAGCCGGGCGAAGGAGGCCCCGAUGGGGUGCUGGCGCCUGGGGACUCUGCCACGCUGGCCCCAGAUGCCUCCCUGGCACAGAAGCCCAACAAGCCGGCCGUGCCCGAGGCGCCCAUUGCUAAGAAGGAGCCCGUGCCACGCGGCAAAAGCUUACGGAGCCGGCGGGUGCACCGGGGGCUGCCGGAGGCUGAGGACUCCCCAUGCCGGGCGCCCGUGCUGCCCAAGGACCUCUUGCUCCCCGAAUCCUGCACGGGGCCCCCGCAGGGACAGAUGGAAGGAGCGGGAGCCCCAGGCCGGGGGGCCUCAGAAGGGCUCCCCAGGAUGUGCACGCGCUCCUUCACGGCCCUGAGCGAGCCCCGCACGCCUGGACCCCCAGGCCUGACCACCACCCCCGCCCCCCCGGACAAACUGGGGGGCAAGCAGCGAGCCGCCUUCAAGUCCGGCAAGCGGGUGGGCAAGCCGUCACCCAAGGCGGCCUCCAGCCCCAGUAACCCGGCCGCCCUGCCUGUGGCCUCGGACAGCAGCCCCAUGGGCUCCAAGACCAAGGAGACAGACUCGCCCGGCACCCCGGGCAAGGACCAGCGCUCUAUGAUCCUGCGGUCCCGCACGAAAACCCAGGAGGCGUUCCACUCCAAGAGGCGGCGGCCCUCGGAGAGCCGCCUCCCCAACUGCCGUGCCGCCAAGAAGCUGCUGGCCAACAACCACCUGCCUGCCUCGUUCAAGGUCUCCGGCAGCCCCCAGAAGGAGGGCAGGGCCAGCCAGCGGGCCCGGGUCCCCAAGCCGGGCGCAGGCAGCAAGCUCUCUGACCGGCCCCUCCACGCGCUCAAGAGGAAGUCGGCCUUCCUGGCGCCCGUCCCCACCAAGAAGCGGAACCUGGUUCUACGGAGCGGCAGCGGGGAGGAUGUGAAGGAGGAGGGAGCCGAGGACCCCUCCACCCUCUUCAAGAGGGUCUCUUCGCCCAAGAAGGCCAAGCCCGCCAAGGGCAACAGCGGCGAGCCUGCCGUGAAGCCCCCGCCCCCAGAGACCCCCGACGCCUGCCUGAAGCUCGCCUCACGGGCGGCCUUCCAGGGGGCCAUGAAGACCAAGGUGCUUCCACCCCGGAAAGGCAGGGGCCUGAAGCUGGAGGCCAUUGUGCAGAAGAUCACCUCGCCCAGCCUGAAGAAGUUUGCGUGCAAGGCGCCGGGGGCCCCUCCCGGUAACCCUCUGAGCCCCUCUCUCCCUGAGAAGGACCGUGGGCUGAAGAGUGCGGGCGGCAGCCCAGUUGGGGCAGGAGAAGGUCUCUUAAAUGUGGGCCCCGGGCAGAAGCCCCCCGCAGCUCCGGGGGCCGACCCCUUAUGCAGAAAUCCGACCAACAGAUCCUUAAAAGGCAAACUCCUAAACAGUAAGAAACUGUCCUCGACUGACUGUUUCAAAACUGAGGCCUUCACAUCGCCCGAGGCCCUGCUGCCCGGGGAGACUGCCCUGGCGCCUAAGAAGAGAAGCCGGAAAGGCAGGGCUGGAGCCCUCGGACUCCCCAGAGGUCCCCUGGAGAAGCGGCCCCAUCUAGGCCCGGCUCUGCUCCUGACCCCCCGAGACAGGGCCAGUGGCACUCAGGGGGGCGGUGAGGACAGCUCUGGUGGAGGAGGCAAGAAGCCAAAGACAGAGGAGCUGGGCCUGGCCUCCCAGUCCCCUGAAGGCCGGCCCUGCCAGGCCCAGACGAGGGCACAGAAGCAGCCGGGCCACACCAACUACAGCAGCUAUUCCAAGCGAAAGCGCCUCACCCGGGGCCGGGCCAAGAACUCCACCUCCUCACCCUGUAAGGGGCGUGCCAAGCGGCGGCGGCAGCAGCAGGUGCUGCCCCUGGAUCCCGCCGAGCCUGAAAUCCGCCUCAAGUACAUUUCCUCGUGCAAGCGGCUUCGGGCAGACAGCCGCACCCCGGCCUUCUCGCCCUUUGUGCGGGUGGAGAAGCGAGACGCGUUCACCACCAUAUGCACUGUGGUCAACUCCCCUGGGGAGGAGCCCAAGCCCCACAGGAAGCCUUCCUCCUCCGCCUCCUCUUCAUCGUCCUCAUGCUCAUUCUCCUUGGACGCGACCGGGGCCUCCUUGGCCACGCUCCCUGGAGGCUCUGUCCUGCAGCCACGGCCCUCCCUGCCCCUCUCCUCCACCAUGCAUCUGGGGCCCGUGGUCUCCAAGGCCCUGAGUACCUCUUGCCUUGUUUGCUGCCUCUGCCAAAACCCGGCCAACUUCAAGGACCUCGGGGACCUCUGUGGGCCCUACUACCCCGAACACUGCCUCCCCAAAAAGAAGCCAAAACUCAAGGAGAAGGUGCGGCCGGAGGGCACCUGCGAGGAGGUCUCGCUGCCCCUCGAGAGAACACUCAAAGACCUCGAGUGCGCAGCCGCUGUUGCCACUGGCAAGCCCCCGAGGCCCGAGGGCCCGGCCGACCCCGGCAAGCAGGGCUCGCUGCGCACCAGCGCCCGGGGCCUGUCCCGGCGGCUGCAGAGCUGUUACUGCUGUGACAGUCGGGGGGACGGUGGCGAGGAGGCGGCCCCGGCUGACAAGAGCCGCAAGCAUGAGUGCAGCAAGGAGCCACCGGCCGAGCCUGGCGGGGACACCCAGGAACACUGGGUGCACGAGGCCUGCGCCGUGUGGACGGCCGGGGUCUACCUGGUAGCCGGGAAGCUCUUUGGGCUGCAGGAGGCCAUGAAGGUGGCCGUGGACAUGACCUGUUCCAGCUGCCAGGAAGCCGGGGCCACCAUCGGGUGCUGCCACAAAGGAUGUACCCACACGUACCAUUACCCGUGUGCCACGGAUGCAGGUUGCAUAUUCAUCGAAGAGAACUUUUCUUUGAAGUGUCCCAAACAUAAGAGGCUGCCGUUGUAAUCCACCCCAGCGGCCGGAGAAGCCGCCGAAGCCCGCCUGCCCGCCCGCCGCCGAAGGAGAGGAGCCGCCUGCGCAGCCCCCGGGCCUUUGAGCUGCUCCCCGCGCGGGUCCAGAGCCGAUCCUUGAUCCGGACUCCGGAUCUUGGAUCUGGCCGCCUAGGGCUGAAACUUGCGGUCCCGGGUUGGGAAGAAAACACGUUCCGGAGCCGCCUGCUCCCGGAACAGGACGACACAGGACGUUCCCGCCCACACCCCCCAGGGCCAGGCUUGGAGAGGGGGAGCCCGCGGAGCGGCCAGACUCCCUGGGGCACCAAGGCCCCGGCGGGGAUUGGAGACGCCUUUAGCCUGGGGACACGCUUCUCCCCCUGGUAGUUCCAAGAGGACGUGGCACACAUUCCACGUGGGUGCUGCCGCCGCCGCAGCCGGCGUGGCUUGCAGCUAGGGGCCCUGGGGGUGGGGGUGGGGGUCCAAAGGGCCCUGGAAGUGGCCAGG